AUGUUAGCAGGAUAUCUUCUUGUGCCAUUGUUGGCAUCUUAUGCCUCGGCCGUGCAGAUCUCUGUUGCUAAGUCCGGUGGUAAUGUCACUACUGGCUUGCAGUAUGGUGCAAUGGAAGAGGAAAUCAACCACUGUGGUGAAGGUGGUCUUUACGCCGAGUUGAUCCGCAACCGAGCCUUCCAGGGAAGCACCACAUACCCUUCCAACUUGGAUGCUUGGUCUGCUGUGGGUGGAUCGACACUGUCGCUCCAAAAUCUCAGCAACCCGCUUUCCUCCGCUCUCCCAACUUCCGUUCGGGUUGAGGGUAAAGGCACCUCGGGCCUGUCCAAUGUUGGCUUCUGGGGCAUUGAUGUUCGGCCUCAGAAGUACUCCGGCUCCUUCUACGUCAAGGGUUCAUACAAGGGCUCUUUCACUGCCUCUCUGCAGUCAGCCAAUGGCGAAGUCUUUGCUAUUGCUCAAGUCGCCUCGAAGAGUGUUGCAAAUGAGUGGGUGCAGCAUGAAUUUACGCUCACUCCCAAGAAGAAGGCUUCCAGCACCAGCAACACCUUUGUUCUGACUUUCGAUGCUUCUAAGGCAUCUGGUGGCUCUCUCGACUUCAACUUGAUCAGCUUGUUCCCGCCUACCUGGAACGAUCGUCCGAAUGGCAUGCGCCGUGAUCUGAUGCAGGCUUUGAAAGACUUGGGUCCUAAAUUCCUCCGUUUCCCCGGUGGAAACAACCUCGAAGGACAGAGCAUUGAGGGUCGCUGGAAGUGGAACGAGACUAUUGGUCCCUUGACCCAACGUCCUGGCCGUGCUACCACUUGGGGCUAUGAAGAGACCAGUGGUAUGGGCUUGGUUGAGUACAUGGAGUGGUGUGAUGACAUUGGCAUGGAGCCCAUCCUUGCCGUCUGGGCUGGUCUCGGUCUGAACCAUGAAGUUGUUCCCGAGGCCGACAUUGGUAUUUACGUUCAAGAUGCCCUCGACGAGAUUGAAUUCUUGACUGGCUCUGUUGACACCAAGUAUGGUGCUCUACGAGCCAAGUACGGCCACCCCGAGCCAUGGACUAUUCGUUAUGUUGAGGUCGGCAACGAGGAUAACCUCAGCGGCGGCGCUGGCUCCUACAGCUCUUACCGCUUCCAGGCAUUCUAUGAUGCUAUUUCCAAGAAAUAUCCCAGCAUUCAAGUCCUGGCUUCCACCAUUGACAUGACCCUUCCCGGAAACGCUGGUGGUGAUUACCAUCUGUACGAUAUCCCAGACAACUUCAUCAGCAAGUUCGGCAUGUUCGACAGCUACAGCGCCGCUCAUCCAAUUUUGCUUGGUGAGAUCGCUGUUACCGAGUACAACAAUGGCGUGGGCAUUGACUGGAGCGACACUCACUUCACCUUGUACCCCUUCUGGCUUGGCUCAGUCGCUGAGGCAGUCUUCCUCUUGGGAGCGGAGCGUAACGCUGACAAGAUUAUCGGAACAACCUAUGCCCCAUACUUGAUGAACCUUGACAGCUAUGAGUGGUCUCCCACCAUGCUCUCCUUCAACUCCAACCCCGACGACACCGCAAAGUCCACUAGCUGGCAUGUCUAUAACCUGUUCAACUCCAACCACAUGACCAACACUCUCCCCGCUACCUCCGACGGCAACUUCGGUCCCCUCUACUACGCGACCGGCCUCAACAACAAGACCAACUCGCACAUCUUCAAGGCUGCCGUGUACAACAGUACCGCUGAUGUCCCCGUCUCUCUGACCUUUGAGGGCGUUGGCCGAGGCGCUUCCGCCGACCUCACCAUUCUGAGUGCGCCCAGCGACGUCUCCAUGAAUGCAGUUGGUGGUGCCAACAUUGUGCAAAGCCAGACCACCAAGAUCAAGGCUGGCAAGCAGGGCGUUUUCAGCUUCAACCUGCCAAAUCUGAGCGUUGCGGUGCUCACCACCAACUAA